GUUUCAAUAGAUCCCACGCACUAAUCCGAAUUCAAUAAUUCUAUUAAGUAAUAGAUUUAAACCCAAUUAAAAGAGAAUCCAACAAACCAGCUACUGGUAACGAUCCAGAAUUGAAAUAGCCAUUGAUCCUCGAUUCAAACCACCACACCUGAUUGGUAGGUCCGAAAAUUUACCCCCUCACCCUCCCUCUCUCUCUCUCCAACUAAACAUUUCACACACUCUCUCUCUUUCUAUAAUUUUAUUUACUUGUGUUCUUUAAAGAGACUGGAAUUAUACCAUGUUUUUCCUAGAUUGGAUCUAUGGGAUCCUUGCUUCCCUUGGUUUAUGGCAAAAAGAGGCCAAGAUCUUGUUUUUGGGGCUUGAUAAUGCCGGCAAAACAACCCUGCUUCACAUGCUCAAAGAUGAGAGGUUAGUUCAGCAUCAGCCAACACAACAUCCUACAUCAGAGGAAUUGAGCAUUGGGAAAAUUAAGUUUAAGGCUUUUGAUUUGGGAGGCCAUCAGUUUGCUCGAAGAGUUUGGAAAGAUUACUAUGCCAAGGUGGAUGCAGUGGUUUUCCUGGUGGAUUCUUAUGACAAGGAGAGGUUUGCGGAGUCAAAAAGGGAGUUGGACGCUCUGCUCUCUGAUGAAGCAUUGGCAAGUGUCCCAUUCCUCAUCUUGGGCAACAAGAUUGAUAUUCCAUAUGCAGCCUCAGAAGACGAGUUGCGGUAUCACCUUGGGCUGACCAAUUUCACCACAGGCAAGGGUAAAGUCAACUUGGGAGACUCCAGUGUUCGACCCCUUGAGGUAUUCAUGUGUAGCAUUGUUCGUAAAAUGGGUUACGGAGAUGGUUUCAGGUGGCUUUCUCAGUACAUUAAGUAGGUAGAUCUACAGGAACUUUAGACUUUGAUUUCUUUCCCUAAUCAUAUCUUUAUACAGAAUUGAGUUUGGAUGGAACAAUUUCAGAAA